GUGUUUGUUGCGUUUUGGAAAAAAUAAAAAAAAAAAAAAAAAACUCGUUGUGUCGUUCACGUGGAAGAUUCUCUGAAUCUUUUAGUCCCCUCUUUGCAAGAAAGUAGGAAAUAGCUAGCACAUUGAAGUUAAGCGACGAAGAAACUGAGCGAGGUUGUCUCUGUAGCGAGUGUAUGCUGAGUCAAAUCGUUCUUUACAAUGGACAGUUUCGAGUUGAAAGAGGUUCAGAGACUCGAAGGUCACACCGAUAGGGUUUGGAGCUUGGAUUGGAACCCGGCUACCGGUCAUGCCGGUAUUCCACUCGUCUUCGCUUCUUGUAGCGGCGACAAAACAGUUCGAAUUUGGGAACAGAAUCUCUCCACUAACCUCUUCUCCUGCAAGGCGGUUUUGGAAGAAACACACACUCGAACUGUUCGAUCUUGUGCUUGGUCACCGUCUGGGAAAUUGUUGGCCACUGCAAGCUUUGAUGCCACUACUGCUAUAUGGGAAAAUGUUGGAGGUGAUUUUGAAUGUGUCUCUACUUUGGAGGGACAUGAAAAUGAAGUGAAGAGUGUAUCUUGGAAUGCAUCUGGAACUUUGCUUGCAACUUGUAGUAGAGAUAAGUCUGUUUGGAUAUGGGAAGUGCAGCCAGGCAAUGAGUUUGAGUGUGUGUCGGUGCUGCAAGGACAUACUCAGGAUGUGAAAAUGGUGAGGUGGCACCCAACAGAGGAUAUCUUAUUUUCAUGUAGCUAUGAUAAUAACAUUAAGGUUUGGGCAGAUGAAGGUGACAGUGACGAUUGGCAGUGUGUUCAAACUCUUGGAGAGUCCAACAAUGGUCAUACAUCUACGGUAUGGGCCCUCUCCUUCAAUGCCAGCGGAGACAAAAUGGUUACCUGUAGUGAUGAUCUUACCUUGAAGGUAUGGGAAACAGAAAACAUAGGGAUGCAAUCUGGUGGUGGAUUUGCUCCUUGGAGACAUAUUUGCACUCUUACAGGGUAUCAUGAGCGGACAAUUUUCUCAGUUCAUUGGUCAAGGGGAGGUAUCUUUGCCAGUGGAGCUGCUGAUGACGCUAUACGGCUUUUUGCGAGUAACAGUGAAAGUCAGGUUGAUGGUCCUCUGUACAAGUUGCUAUUGAAGAAGGAGAAGGCACAUGACAUGGAUAUAAAUUCUGUGCAGUGGAGCCCUGGGGAGAAGCCGUUACUAGCCUCUGCAAGCGAUGAUGGGACAAUCAAGGUGUGGGAUCUGAUUUCUUAGUGGUGAUACUACAUUAGAAUAUUUGCUGUAUCAGCAACAUAAAUUUAUACAGGUGGAGCCUAAUAGUUGAAAUGCUAGAUGUGCAGGCAUCCUCAUUGUUAUUUUUCUUUCUCUUAAAUAGAUUUAGUAGUUAGUAAUAAUUUGAAUAUUGUAUUUUGUAAGAGGAAGUCCGGACUAUGAUUGUAAAAUAUAUUUAUUGUCAACUAAACAUUGCAUUUUUCUCGAGAGUUGCUCAAAAUUAUGUAUACUUCAAUAUGUGGAACAGGGGUUUCCUUAAUUAGAGCAACUGGUAAUUGAAUUGACUCAAUUGAGCAAUUUCACAA